AAGCAGGCGGAUAAUUUGGUAUUUCACUAAACACCACAUUAAAACUCAACAGAACAUUAUAUAUUCAAAUUUCAACGUCAGUGUUUUUUUUCCCAAAACCACUCUCCUGAGUACUUAAAAUACAUAGAUUCACUUCUUUUGAUCUUUCUUUCUCAUUCCCUGUUUUUAUUCAUCUUAUCUGAGACAAGAAGCUAUCCAUAGUGUUGAAAGUUCUAUAAGACAAUGAGAAAUGAAAUUUUUGAACUAGUCCAAUUAUAUUUUGAUUUUAUAAAGUGUCAAAUAAAAGCAGAGACGAGUGCAAAUAAGAAUUUACUAAGCAUAGCCGCCGCUGCUGCUGAGGAGGAGUUUAUUCGAAACGUCACAUUCAGUUCAUCCAAUACACGCCCUGAUGUCCCACGCGCCACACCGUUCUGGACCAAUCACAGCUGCCGUUGCUCCGCCGCUCUCCAUAUAAGCUCGCUGUUGCCGCACGGUCCUCGCUUGUAUUUUACUGUUAGAACAGUGAAGACAGAGAAGACACAAUGGCAAGAACCAAGCAGACAGCCCGCAAAUCUACUGGAGGAAAAGCCCCAAGGAAGCAGUUGGCCACCAAGGCUGCCCGUAAGAGCGCCCCGGCCACCGGCGGCGUCAAGAAGCCUCACCGUUACAGGCCCGGUACUGUGGCUCUGAGAGAGAUCCGUCGCUACCAGAAAUCCACGGAGCUGCUCAUCCGCAAGCUGCCCUUCCAGCGCCUGGUCAGAGAGAUCGCUCAGGACUUCAAGACCGAUCUGCGCUUCCAGAGCUCCGCUGUCAUGGCUCUGCAGGAGGCCAGCGAGGCUUACCUGGUCGGCCUCUUCGAGGACACCAACCUGUGCGCCAUCCACGCCAAGAGGGUCACCAUCAUGCCCAAAGACAUACAGCUGGCCCGCCGCAUCCGUGGAGAGAGAGCUUAGACCAACCACAUCCACUUUUCAUCCAGCACAACGGCUCUUUUAAGAGCCACACAUACUCACUUUGAGAGCUCAACCACAUAAUGGUGUAAUGCAAUGGAAAAACAUGAAGUAAUUUUUUUUUCUUUGCACUCUUAAAUCUUUUGACUUUUAUCUGCACAUAUUUAGGUUAAAAGAAUGGGAAAACUAAAGUUUGAUUGGCCUAAAGUAUGUUGUCAAACACAUUAAAUCAGGCUGAGCUUAAGCAUCUGUCAGUAUUUCAAAACUAUGUAACCAAAAAACUUGAUGUAUGCUUAAUUAAUGAGCAUCUGCACUGUUGUAAGAAAUCUAAAUCGUAUUAAUUACAGAAAAUACAGUGUUUAAAUAACAUAAAUCUACAAUAUUUGGUGUAGAAGUAUAUAAAGUAUAGAAACUAUAGAAGUUAAUGUAUAGUUUGAAAUGUUCAGUUAAACUGUGAGGAGAGGCAAUUUGAAAUCUGUGCAAAGUACUGAUUUUUGAUUUGUCACAAAUACAUUUUUAUGUUUAAUAAAGUAACAGGAGAAAUAAUGACCUCGUUCCUGAUCACUGGACUCUCCACUCUCAAUCAGAAAUGACAAAUACUCACACGUCACAGUGGAAUUACUAUCAGUCUAAUGACCUUUAUCUGUAAUGACUCCACAUAGUCAGAUUCUACCGAUAGAUGUUUAAUGGUUUUAUACAUGUUCAUUCAGGAGCUCAAAACAACUGCUUUUAUUUUUGUCUUGAUUUAUUACUGCUGCUC